AUGGAGGAGGAGGAGGAAGAGGCCAAGCCAACUACCACGGGAGCAGCCGAGGAGCAGGCGCCUACUACUCAGCCGGGCGAGGGCCAAUCCGCGCAGCAGCCUGCGAAUGUAAGUAGCACCGAAAAGCAGGCGGAGGCGAAGAAGGCGCCCCCGACCAAGGCGACACACAGGCUGGACAUCUUCCUGGACGGCACCCGGCUCGAUCUCGACAAGACCAUCUUCCAGAUCGUGCCCAAGCCGCCGCAGGGCGAGGCCGAUCAGCUGCCCGUGCACCACUUGUGGAGCCAGGAGCACCUCCUGACGUUCUCCCUGACUCCGCUACACCCCGCGGCGCCGUCCGCCGAUGAUGAGGCCGCAGGAAAUGAGGAAAUGAGCGAGGCGACCUCCACCUCCACUUCGACUUCAACCUCGACUUCGACCUCGACCUCCACGACGCCUUCGUCGGACGAAUCCGUCACCAGCAGCACCACCCUCACAGCGCUCGGCCGGCCUGCGCUGGAGCGGUACCUGGCGCUGGCUGCGCCGGAGUGGCUGCGCGAGGAGGGUGCGUCGGCCACGACGCUCGAUAUCCUCAACCUCCUCCGCGUGCUCGACGCCAUCAACCGACUCUGGAAUUCGCUCUUCACCAGCGUCACCGCACGCGCUGAUUCUACGGAGGGUCCCAAUUGCCGGAUCAACCCGAGCGAAUUCAUCAGCUCCAAGCUCACGGGGAAGCUCACGCGCCAGAUGCAGGACCCCAUUACCGUCUGCAGCCACGCCUACCCGCGCUGGUGCAAGGAGCUCGCCUCCGAGUUUUCGUUCCUGUUCCCGUUCGAGACCAGGCGCCUUUAUCUCAACUCGACGUCGUUCGGCGUUGCGCGUGCGCUCAAGAACUUGAAGAUCACCAUUCACGGCCAGCCCCUCCAAGUGCCCCGACUUCACCACAACAAGGUGGCCAUAUCGCGUCAGCACAUCCUGCCUGCGGCCCAGAAGGUGAUGGAGCUCUACGCGCGACACAAGGCCGUGCUCGAAGUCGGCUACUUCAACGAAGUGGGCGUUGGCGCCGGUCCCACGCUGGAGUUCUACACGAUGGUGUCGCACGAGCUGCAGAAGAGGAAGCACGGCCUGUGGCUCGACCAGGACGCCUCGACGACGCACGUCGCCCCCAUGCAUGUGGAGGGCGCCAAGGACGCCGCGGUCAAGGACGCCAGCGACGCCGCCGCCGCCGCCGAGGAGCAAUACGCGUUCCACCCUGCCGGCCUCUUCCCCUCUCUGCUCAGCCCGAACGCACCCGAGGAGCGGAAGGCCGAGGUGGAGAAGCUGUUCAAGUUCGUGGGCCGAUUCGUCGGGAAGGCCAUCCUCGACGGCUGGCAGCUCGAUUUCCCUCUCUCUGACUCCCUCUUCAAGGUAAUGAUGAGCGACAAGCUGAGUUGGGAGGACCUCCGGUCGCUCUUCCCCGCGUACGAGAAGUCUCUCCGCCCUCUGCUGCAGCUGAGCCGCGAGAAGCACCAAAUCCAACGCGACAGCCACCUCACGAUGGCCGAGCGCGAGGAAAAGAUCGCGGGCCUGCGUCUUGAGGGGCGCAAGGUGGAGGACCUCUACCUGGACUUCUCCCUGCCCGGCUUCGCCGACUGGGAGCUCAAGCCCCGCGGCGCGGACAUCGACCUCACCAUCGACAACGUCGAGGAGUACGUGGCCCUCACCGUCAAGGCCCUCCUCGAGGACGGCGUCCGCCUGCAGCUCGAUGCUUUCCGCUCGGGCUUUGAAGAAGUGUUCUCUCUGGCGAACCUGCGUAUCUUCUCCCUGCACGAGCUCAAGGCGCUUAUCUGCGGUCUUCAGGAUGACUCGGAGAACUGGUUGCCUCAUGUGCUGAUGGAGCACACGAAGACGGACCACGGGUACCACGAGAACAGCCGCGCGGUCAAGUACCUACUGGAGGUCCUCACUGAGCUCAGCCCCGAGGAGCGACGCAAGUUCCUCCUCUGGGUUACCGGUAGCCCGCGACUCCCCAUCGGCGGAUGGAAGGACCUUGUGCCCAAGCUCACAAUUGUGCGCAAGGAAGCCACAGACCGCUCCCACUCGGAUGAGUUCCUGCCAUCAGUGAUGACCUGCUUUAACUACCUCAAGCUGCCUGACUACUCCACCAAGUCAGUGCUUAAGGACAAGCUCCUCCUUGCCAUCAAUGAAGGUGCUGAGUUCCACCUUUCCUGA